AUGGCCGCAGCCACCUGCAAAGUCUGCGAUGACCCUCUUGUUCUCGAAGUCGAUGAUGAUGAAGAGGGCGGCAACGCUGAGACGCAGCCCGUCCCUGACGAUCUAGAGCUGUCGUGCGGCUGUCACUUCCACUGGCAAUGCCUACUUGACCAAUCUUCAGAAAUUGCCAUCUCCCUCAAGUGCCCGUCCUGUGAUUCGCAGGUCGCUGCGAACACGGCAGGACCAUCGGUCACCAACCCCUUUCUACAUGCAUCCUCGGGUGCAUCGAUCUUAACAAGAUACAAAAACGAAGGUGGUGUGCAAGAGAACCUUGACAUCCUCCCGGCCGUCACCGAGGAAGCCUACCUGGAAGCCAACCCGGCGGCUCGGCCAGCACGUGCGUUCCAUGUCAUGUGCUGCGAGGGCGAUUUCGGCGGCAUCGUAGAGCUGCUCCGCGAUGCCGAUCAAGCAGACGGUGAAGAGCCGACAAUGGAUCCAGCGCAGCUACUCCGCUAUCAAGACCCCCUUGCUGAUAAGAAGAGUGGCUUGCAUCUCGCGGUGGAAAAAAGACAGGAGGAGGUAGUGUGGUUGCUGCUGUGGAUAGCAUCCUCACUAAGCACGGAGACCUUCCCCGAACCGGCGAUGCAGGCGGCUCAGGCGAUGGGCCUACACCGUCCCGCCACGUCUGCUUCCGAUGACAUUCGCUCGCUCCGGGACGAUCAGGGCCGGACGGCGGAGACGGUCGCGGCCGAGAUGGGUGGCGUAUGGGCAGCGAUGUUGCAGGCUGGCGCGCUGCACCCGGGGUCGUCAUUACCUUAA